AUGAACCAUACUACGCCUUCUCCCAGUCCGCCGCCAACACAUUCCUCUCCGGCCCAAGGGACCCCCCACAGUGUUGCUGCAGGUGCAAAGCGGAAGCGAAGCUCUGGCAGUAAAUUCUAUGCCGUUAAACUUGGCUUUCAGCCCGGGGUGUACUAUAACUGGAAUGAUUGCUUGGCGCAGGUGACGGGAUACAAGGGAGCUGUCUUCCAAUCAUUCCCUACUCUCGAAGAAGCCAAUGCUUUCCUUACAGGUACCAGGCUGCCUGGUUCUCAGAACACAGCAUCUUCAGGGGCCGACAACACACGGUUUUAUGGCGUGCAACGAGGCCAUAAACCCGGUGUCUAUACGGAUUGGGCCAAAGCCCAGGAGCAGAUACGGGGAUUUGUGCGGCCGAAAUACAAGAAGUUUUCUACGCGGGUAGAAGCCGAGGAGUUUGUCCAAAGCGGACAGGAACAACCUUCGACAUCGGUUAGCAUUUCACAAGUAAAGGAAUUGCCAGGAUCGGCUGGCUUGACGUCUGAUAAUCCUAAGGAUGACCUUGGCUUCGAUUUGGAGCCGGGAACUGGCCCUCUUCCGCCUGGUGCGGAGGACGGUUUUGAUCCCAAUGUGCUCUUUGACCCGACUACGGGCAGGAUUGUAUACAAAACGAAAGAACAGAAGACUGCAACCAAGACGAGGCCGACGGGAUCACCGCCCAUCAGAAACGUCUCGGAGCCGUUGAAGGGCAACCGCCAAACCAACCAGCGAGCAGAGCUGUUUGCUAUUCUGCGAGCUCUUGAUAUUGCACCUCGCCAUCGAGAUGUCACCAUCUUUACUGAUAGUAGGUACGCUAUUGACUGCGUCACUGUAUGGUACAUCAAGUGGCGGCGUAACAAAUGGAUGACGGCAGACCACAAGCCUGUUGAGAACAAGGACCUGGUCGAAUCAAUCCUGGUCAAGAUCGAGGAGCGGAAUGAAUUGAAAGUUAAGACUCUAUUUCAAUGGGUGAAGGGACACAAUCGUGACCAUGGAAACGAAGAGGCUGAUCGACUUGCGGUCAAUGGUGCUCGAAGAGGUGUUACAGAAAAGGCGGAAGCACUGGCAGUAGCCCAGAAUAUCGCUGAUGAAGGGCUUGAAGAAGAGUUCCAGGACGAUUUGAAUUGA